AUGUCUUCUCCUGAAAAGAAACCUGCCAAACUGGCUAAGGCAUCUCGGCUGAACAUGAAGUGGGACGAGCAUGACAAUGCUAUUCUGCUCACUAAGCUCAUCGAGACGCAUAGCAUCAAGGUAGAUGCACAGUUGAUCUCAGAUGCGUGGCCUCAGGAGAGUGGAAGCCCCAGUGCGCGUGCAAUCAGAGAGCAAAUUGCCAGGAUCAAGUCGAUGAAGGCCAAGACCAAGGCUUCCGUCGUUCCUGAUCACACGAGCGCAGGUGACACUGACUCGGCCCUUCCGGUCAUCACCAAGCAUCCUUGCAAGCGCAGUCUCGGCACAAGCGAGAGCAAACCAUCGAAGAAACCUGCGCGGAUGACCAAGAGCAAAGCAAGCGUUUUCCUGCACGAGGAUUUGCAGAACAGUCUACUUGAAGACUCAACUCCAAGAAACGAUCUCAGCUCGGACGCCGAUCGAUCCGCACGUGAAGAUCCAGAUAACGAGUCUGACCUCGCCUAG